AUGGCAGCAUCUAUCGAUCAUGAGAUCAAAGGCGCCCCAAGUGAUUCAGUCUCGUGCCUGAAGUUUGCGCCGAGCAAGCCCAUCAAAAGCGUUCAUUGGAUCCAAAACCAAAAUCUUGUCGUUACGGGAAGUUGGGACAAGACUUUGAAAUAUUGGGAUGUGAAUCGAGUGGGAACAGAUGCAGUGGCAACAAUCGGUUUGAACGAGCGAGUCUACUCCAUGGAUGUGAACGGCAAUCUGGCUGUCGUCGCCUGCGCUGAUAGAAAUAUUCACGUCUUUGAUCUGCGCAAUUUCUCUGUUCCAGUCAAGUCUCAUCAGUCUCCCUUGCGACAUCAGAUAAGAACUGUUGCCCUUUUCAAUGACAAUCGAGGAUAUGCAAUCGGUUCAAUCGAAGGACGCGUGCACAUUCAGCACAUCAACGACGAUGACACCAAGCUGAAUUUUGCCUUCAAGUGCCAUAGAGAUUCUUCCACACAGGACAUUUUUGCCGUCAAUGCAAUUGUGUUCCACAAGAAGUAUGGAACAUUUUGUACAGCGGGUUCUGACGGAACUUUCAAUUUCUGGGACAAGGACGCGAAGCAGAGGCUUAAAGGAUUUCAACGACUUCCGAACUCAAUUUCUUCAGUGGAUUUCAAUCGUGAUGGGACUCUUUUUGCAUAUGCUCAAUCAUAUGACUGGUCCCGCGGACCAGAUAGCUUUAAACAAGCCGAAGAGAGGAUCUUUCUACAUCCUGUCCAGGAGAACGAGAUUCGCCCCAAGUCUCACAGUUAA